UGUCCCCUCCCUGUGAAUGUCCGGCACUGUGUAGGUUUAUCUCUGCGGGGCGGUUUGAUAGCGAGGCUGUGGGCGGUGCUGCACCAGUGCUGCUGCUGACUGAGGCUGCAAGAUGGCGGAGCGUCUGACAGCCCAGGAGGAAUUGACAGUAGAAGAGUUUUUCACAGAACUGAAAAAUAGGGAGCAACCCAAUGUCGUCUUGGUGUCCCAAAACACUGCUGUGAAAUUUUUGAUUGCAAGAAAGUUUGAUGUAUCUCGAGCCAUUGAUUUAUUCCAGGCAUAUAAAAAUACAAGAUUAAAAGAAGGCAUUUACAAUAUCAAUCCUGAUGAAGAGCCUCUACGUUCAGAACUGCUGAGUGGCAAAUUUACUGUUUUACCUGGAAGAGAUGCUAAAGGAGCAGCUCUAGCCUUGUUCACUGCCAGGUUACAUAGACCUGAUGUUACUACACAUAAAGCAGUACUUCAGGCUAUAAUCUAUCAGCUGGACAGAGCAAUUGAAAGAGUAGAGACACAGCGAAAUGGCCUAAUUUUCAUCUAUGAUAUGACCAGUUCAACAUAUGGAAACUUUGAUUACGAACUCUGUGUGAAAAUCUUGAAUCUUCUAAAGGGUGCAUUUCCUGCUAGGCUGAAGUGCGUAUUCAUUGUUUCGUCUCCUUUGUGGUUUCGAGCACCAUUUGCUGUUCUCAGGCUUUUUGUGAGGGAGAAGCUAAGAGAGAGGGUCUGCACUGUGAAAGCUCAUGAGCUCGCAAACCACAUACCAAUGGAAUCGUUGCCAGAGCAUCUUGGAGGAUCAUCUAAAUACAGCCAUGUAGCUUGGAUCCAAGCUUGUGUAAAUUCCACCCAAGGCCAGCAGAAAGGGGAUUGCAUGGACAAUCUUUUUCACUCAUACACCUUAGAGCAGAAUCCUGUUAGUGAUGGACUGAACUCAAAUUGUAGUCCGCAGACUGUGACUGACAACACCCAACAGCAACAUAAUCAUUAUCUUGAAAACCGGACUAGCAACUUCCAUGCUGAUCCUAGUUCUUUGGGCAAUUUGCAGAACUGGAAUGGUUCUGUGGUGACUGUGAACUAUGACGGUGCUGACAUAGAUUCUAGUGUCAACACAAACGGUCGCAAGCCUCCCCCACAGUCAGAAACCCCACCAGACACGCCUUUACACAAGCAUGCCUCUGAAGAGCUAGCUGUUCCCCCGCUGCCACAGAAAUCUCGUCCAUUGCCUACAGUGAUGGAGAUGUCCAUUCAUUUGCCAGAGGAUGGAGGGUUGCAUAUUCAGGAACUUGUACAGCAUAUAAAAAGGAAAAAGAAGAAAGGUAUAUAUCAAGAGUAUGAAGAAAUCAGGAAAGAACCUCCAUCUGGAACAUUUGAUUACUCCAAGAAGCCUUACAAUCAGAUCAAAAAUCGGUACAGUGAUGUCCUCUGUUUGGACCAGUCCAGAGUAAAACUAAAUCUUGUGGAUGAUGAUGAUGAUGAGACAUCUGACUAUAUCAAUGCAAGUUUUAUGGAUGGAUAUAAAAGAAAGAAUGCAUACAUAGCCGCACAGGGUCCUUUGCCAAAAACAUUUGUUGACUUCUGGCGUAUGGUAUGGGAACAAAAGGUUUUAAUUAUUGUAAUGACAACAAGAGUUGUGGAAAGGGGUAGAAUAAAAUGUGGACAAUACUGGCCACUUGAGGUUGGGCAAACUGAAGAAUAUGGGCAGUUUUUAAUUAGAAAUAUUCAUAUAGAGAUGUUUCAAGACUUCAAGCUUUCCCAUUUAGAAGUUUACAACAAGGAGACCGGAGAGAGCAGAGAUGUUGCACACUAUCUGUAUAUGAGUUGGCCUGAUUUUGGUGUACCAAAAUCGGCCUCUGCCAUGCUAGAUUUCAGAUCCCAGGUAAAACAGCAUCAGGAAGCAGCGCUUCAGGCUUUUGGAUCUGAAUGGACUGGUCCCCCUGGAGGUCCACCUAUUGUUGUUCAUUGCAGUGCAGGAAUUGGAAGAACAGGUACCUUUUGCACUCUUGACAUCUGUCUGUCCAGACUGGAGGAUAUUGGCACAGUUGAUGUCAACCAGACAGUGAAGAGAAUGAGAACUCAACGUGCUUUCAGUAUUCAGACCUGGGACCAGUAUUACUUUUGUUACAUGGCUGUUUUAGAGUACGCACAAAGGAAAGGCUUACUUGCUCCAGUGGAAUGGUCUGAUUCAGACUUGGAGACGGACAGUGAGUAAGACAGGACUUUUGGGGGGAGGGAUCUCCUGUUGCUGUACUUGUGGAUUCUGUUACAUGUAAGGUAUAUACUUAAGUGUCAGUUCUACAGUUUAUAAAGCUUUUGUCGCAUCAAGGAGUUCAAGAACUUGCAUAUGGGAAUGGCAAACUUGAAACCAACUUAUUUUUAUUUGUUUUUGAUUUGCAGCUUAAAGUGUACACAAAAAAAAAACUUGAACAUGGAUCUUAAUAUUAUCAGUGACUGUUACAUAAACUAACCCAAAAGCCAAAGGUAGUACCUAGAUUGCUCAUGUCUUCUUGACAGUUGGCAGCAGCCCUGUAUAUUUCUGUAACAUACAUUUAUAUUGUGCAUAGAAGUUUUGACAAGCAUUUCAUAUGAUAGACAUGACAUUUGCAAGCAUAUACCGGAUAAGCUCAUUAUAAUAAAUAACAUUGUGUUGUUGAUCAGG